AUGCCUUCCGAAGUCUCCGAUAUCAAGCAGUUCAUUGAGAUCUGCCGCCGCAAGGACGCCUCCUGUACGUUGCGCCAAAAUCGAUACCGCCGACCGCCGACUGGGAGAUAUAUGCUGACUGUUUACUUUUUAGCUGCCGGUAUCAAGAAGAACCGCAAGACCCAGCAGACCAAGUUCAAGGUCCGCUGCUCCACCAACCUCUACACCCUUGUCCUCAAGGACUCCGACAAGGCCGACAAGCUCAAGCAGUCUCUCCCCCUGGUCGUCGACGUCUCCAAGGGCACCAAGAAGUCCAACUAA